AUGAAGUUAUCCAAAUAUUCCAGAUUUUUUCUGGGCUCAUUGCUAGGUGCGUUCGCAUCUACUGCCUCUGUACUUGGGUACCCAACUUUCAUUUCUGAAUGGGCUGGGGAGAUCAGAAAUAUUGCCACAACAAGAAAUCUUGGAAUUGAAGCUUCCCAACAGCUCGAAGAGUUACUUAGCACCGAAGUUGAUCUUGAUAACUUUGAUGUUUCGUGCUCUAUUUUGUUACAGAAAGUCAUUAGAGAGCCAUCAUCGAGCAGAGAGUCAUCAUUUUUAAAUUUAGAGUCUGCAUUGGAUAUUUGUGCCUUAAUUAACCCAUGGAAUUCCAUGGAAUGUUCUGGCGUUGUUGGAGUUACUGCUUCAUAUGCCAGAUCUAUUCAAGAGUUCGUUCGCUUAAAGGAUGGCAACAAGGGUGAUUUGAGAGCUGCUUGUAUUAUUGCGUCAGCAAUUGCACCUGGAAGACCAUUUGCUCCUUUGACCAAGGGUUCUAUUAAGUCAAAGUGCGAGGAAGUAUGCUCAGGAGUCCUUUCUAAGACCAUCUUUGCAAUUGACUCAUCAUACUGCAGUUUGUCUGUUGAUCUCUGCAAUUCUGUAGAUUUUACUUUGUACAACAGUUUCAGCUCCUUUACCGAAAGAGAACUCGGUAUUGCAGUUGCAGUGUCAGUCCUAUUAUCCGAAGGUAGCUUGGGAGUGAGAACAACUUUCCGUGAGGGAUGCAGAUUUGUACUUUUCUUAAAGCAGAAGGGUGCAUUCCCAUCCGUACCAUCAGAUAUCUCUGAACCUGAGAUUCUCUCGAAUAUCUCUGAGUAUUAUAGGGCUAAACUCAGUGAGUCUGGAUUGAUAUCCGUAACAAAUGGGGACAUCCAAACUUCACACACAGUAUUCUUAAAGGUCCUGAUUUCUCAAAUUGCAAAGGCUAUGAGAACAAUACUUGAGGCUCAGGUUCCCAAGAAGCAAUCCGUUGUCAAACAGAAGAAACCAGUUGUUGUCAGUACUCGUAUUACAUCUUCUGAAGUUUCCCCGUUAUCUGAAGCUUACGAAGAGUCGUUCUCUUCAGAAAUCGUGAUGUCAUCUAAGCCAGAUGUUGCAGAAAAGCAUACUCUUGGAUCUCCAGUCUUGCAAUCCUGGUUUGAAACUCUCAAACAAUCAAUCAAAAAGGGUUCUAAGGAUAUCGAUCGUGAAUUUGACGAUUCUUUAAAUAAAGCAAUUUUGAAUAUUGACUCAUCUUCAGUAUACUUUACAUGUGUCUCUGAAUUACGAAAACUUGGUUUGGGCUCACACAGAAGAAUAACUGAGGCAUGCCGCAAGAUUGAUCCAUUCUCUAAUGUCAAGUGCCAGAAGCUCAAUCACUUUGAGCUUAUGUCUAUGAUAAAAUUGAGAGAAGAGCUUGAAAAGUAUGGUAAGAAUUUAGUAGUAGAUCUCAGAGAUUUAUGUGUACUUGCUCCUAAGAUGUCAUUGGAAUCUUUCCUUAGAAACAGAAAUGAAGAACUCUCUGAUAUGUGCAUUCGAGCACUUAAGAAGAGUUUCAAGAAUAAAUAUUCAGUUUCAGACAGAGCAAUCAAAAAGGCAUGUAUGAAGGCUGACUAUUUCAGAACUUCUGGUUGCGGCAAUCUUAUUUCUAGCCAAUAUUCAGAAAGAGUUAAUCUUGUACUCUCACUCGCAAAUAACAUGUUCGAAAAGAGGACCGACAAGGAACGUCUCCAAGCCAUUAGAGAAUCUGAAUUCAGCGCUCCAUCAUAUGCCGAGAUCUGUAAUACAGUUGAGAAACUCCCAGUUGAAACCGUUGAAGACUGUAUUUACGAAUUUAGAGAUUCUCUUUCCAAAUUUAAGUCAAUGUCAUCUAUCAUUAAUAUUGAGGGUGCCUGCAUUGCUUCAUUAGAAGAGGCUGCAUAUGAUCCUUACUAUACACGCCACGGAUACGAGUAUGGUAGCCAGACCUACUAUCCCUCAAUUUACCCAGGACACCGCCCUGCUGGAGUGCCAAGGAGGAGCUUAAGAAGAUUCUACAAGGACAUUGAGUACGCCCCAUCAAUAUCUUCUUUACAGUGGUUCAGAAGAGAAAUCCCAACUGAGUUAAAGUUUGAUAAAUUUAUUGAUCAGGAAUACUCUGAAUCUAGAAGAGGCUACUACAAGGACUCUAAUAACAAGUCUGUAUACCAUGAUGGUUACAGAUACAAGCUAAACGGCUUGUGGUUUGUCAAGAUUGGCGAUAAUUGGUAUCUUGACCUCUCUGAUUCGUUAGAUUUUGUCAAAAUUCGCCCAAGCGACCCAAGGUAUAGUACAUACCCACUUUCUCUUUAUGAAAAAUCUCCAAUUAACCCUAGUGGCCCAUUAAGGAGAAAGUCGUUUGCAACUUACAUGUCUCCAUACUCUCCACAAUAUGAAGGUCGCCACUAUGGUAAUUAUCUCCAGGAAUUAUAUGGAAAACCAGGAUUCGCUCCAUUUUAUCCCUUACAAUCUUCACAACCGUUAUAUAAGAAAUGCACAAAAUGUUUCAAUUGGGUUCCAUAUGGCCACACACAUAAACAUGAUGGUGUUAAGUCAGAACCUAACUCUUACUUCACUGAGAAGUUCCCAUCAGUCUACGAUAUAGAAACUGGGUAUUUUGUAACAGAGACAAAUGACUACGAUAAGGAUGGAAGACUUAUACGCAAACAAGUAGAUAGAACCCAACAAGCUGCAACAACUCCGGGUUUAGGGCAACGUGACGCUUCUACUCAAACGAUUCAGUGA